AUGUAUCAGCAACACUGUUUAGCAUCUGCUUUACAUGUGGCGGCAAGAAAUAAGCAAAAUUUUGCACUGAAAACUUUGUUGACAGCUGUACGGGAAGCAAAUGAUCCGGUUGGCUUGGAAAAGGUGAUAAAUGCACAAAAUGUUAGGGGACAAACACCGUUACACUGUGCUGUACGAGCCGGUGAUGCCGACUGUGUGCACUAUUUGGUAACCCAUUAUCUAGGCGAAGUUUAUAAUGAAGCAAUUUAUAAAGAAAUACUUGAAACCAGUGUCACCGAGGAGUCAUCAGGCAAGAACCCAAAUGAUGACGAUGCCGAAGAGAUUAAUUUUUUGGCCAGCAAAAAUACUGAAGGUUACACGCCGGCCCACAUUGCCGUUCGAAAGCUUAAAUUAGGCCUCCUAGAGGCAUUCGUAGAAGCUGGGGCACCCGUGGAUGUUCCGGACAAUAAUGGCGAGACUCCACUUAUUUCUGCAGUCCAAUUAGAUGAUACGGAUAUUGCCACACUGCUAAUUAAGGUGAACCAAUGUAAUGUGAAUGCUGUUUCAAACAAUAAAGAAACUCCUUUAUGGAUCGCCUGCAGAAAAAAAAAUUUACUUUUAAUUGGAAGAUUACUUGAUGCAGGCGCUGAUACAUCCGUUCCUGACAAAGAUGGGAAGUUAAUGAAAGAUAUCGAGGACGAAGAAGUUCAGAAUGUUUUAAAUGGUUACAGAGUUCAGCCUCCAGAAGCACACUCGGAGAUCAAUUCUGAAUUACCGUCCAGUUCAUCCAACAGAGACAAUGACCAAGCUCCGCACUUUUCUGCGUUUUCAUAUCGCCUACCGACUAUGAGUGCAGACGACAUAUCAUCAAUGGAUUACCUUACUAGACUACGACUGUCAAAACUCUUAGACGCAGAUGAUAAAUGGGCAAAACUUGCUGAACAGCUCGGAUGCCAAAACAUGGUCGAAUUUAUACGAAUUUGUGCAGACGAAAACUCUUCGCCGACCAUGAUUUUGCUCGAUCAAUACGAGCAAGUGCCAAACGCCAACCUCACGACAGUCGCAAAAAGCCUAGAAGAAAUGGGUGAAACCGCUGCGUCGCGGUUACUUCAACCUCCAAAAACUGAUGAGGAAUGA